AUGGUCGUGAAUGAUAUUUGCAACCGUCUUCUCACAUCCGGGGCUGACUAUUCAGAAGAAUUUUUGGCGCCCAAUCCUAGUAGUUGGUUUUGGCGUUUCCAUCGAAGAGUUCAAACCUUCACAUGGGAAGAGUUUUGUGAAGAGUUAAGAGAGCAAUAUCGAGAGAGUUCUGUCACUGAGCUUCGAGAACAGAUAAGAGCUCGUAAACAGAAAGUUGGCAAAUCCUUUGAUUCGUUUUAUGAAAAUAUAUGUAAGCUUAUGGAUAAGUUGUCGGUCAGUUUUCCAGAAGACGAAUUCGUGGAAAUGAUUCAAGAAGAGAGGGAAAGUAAUGCAAGUUCGCAGAGGAAUCGUAGAGCUGAUCAGGAGUAUAGGGAAAGCGAACAGAUUAGAAAUAGUCAGCGACGUUUAGUAAGGAGACGAUCAGCGCGAAUUAGGCAACAUGAGCAAACGACAGAUACAGACCACAGAAGAUUGAGACGCACUGACGCCGACUAUCGACAAAACGAACAAUCGGACAAUACAGAAAAUAGAAGAAAACGACGGACAACAGUAGCUUUUAGGGAGCCUGAACAGCAGGCUGACACUUUAAGAAGAUCAAGACGUAGGCAGAACGUAGAGUACAGGACAGCAGAACGGAUUCAGAACUCUGAAUCUAUGAGAGAGCGACGGGCGGACGUAGGUUUUAGAGAGCCUGAACAGCAGGCUGAUACUUUGAGAAUUUUCAGACGUAGGCAGAACGUACAAUACAGGACAGUAGAGCAGAUUCAGAACUCUGAAUCUAGGAGAGAGCGACGGGCGGACGUAACUUUUAGAGAGCCUGAACAGCAGGCUGACACUUUACGACGAUCGAGACGUAGGCAGAACGUAGAGUACAGAACAGUAGAACGGAUUCAGAACUCUGAAUCUAUGAGAGAGCGACGGGCGGACUUAGCAUUUAGAGAGCCUGAACAGCAGGCUGACACUUUACGACGAUCGAGACGCAGAACGUAG